AUGAAACCGAAAGUAAAAAGAUUGAGAAAUUCAGUAACUGUGUUUUGGUUUUGGUUUUGGUGGACACACUCACUGUAUAACUAAUCAGUGCUGAUAUGAAAAAGAAUGUCAAUAUGGGCACUGGAAACGAAGUACUGAUCAGGAUCUCAAAUAUCAUUAUGUUUCUCACAAGUAUACCUUGUGUAUGCAAGUGUAAUAGUUGUCCUGCCACCACACGAACUAUUAAAAAAGUAGACAGUUGUCCGACUACUGAACAAGAAUGGAUUGCAGCAUCUAAUCUGAAAAAGUGUUACAAUUUGGCUGAUUAUAAAACUUGUGGAAAGUCGCUUGUAUACCACUGUCUUUUGAAUGAAUGGUGGAAUGAAACAAUAGAAGUUUGCGCACCGCCCUGGUUUAUGUCAGGAUUUUGUCCAAUGUUCAACACUGCCGAACAAAGAGUUAUUGAUAACUUUAAUAUAGACUGUUCAAAAUUUACAAAUGGAAGCUGUCCUAUUAGAUAUCUUUCCUCUGAAGCUUAUAAGUAUCAAAUGUGCUAUAAGAAAAUCAUCACUACGAAAACUUUUCAAAACACAAUAAAACCGGAUGAAAUCACGCUGUAUGAAGUCUCUUAUUCGACCAAUAAGCUCUUGAUUAUUUUAGUUGUGAUUUUUGGCAUUGGAAGUCUUGUACUUUCCGCACUGUUAUGGUUAGCAUGGAUUGGAAAAAUAGGAAAAGGAGGUAAUGUAAACAAUUCAAGCCUCUUCAAUUGCUUUGAAUAG